AUGGCCAAAAUCAUGAAGCCUGGAAAGGUCUGCCUCGUGCUCCGAGGUAGAUUCGCUGGACGCAAGGCUGUCGUUGUCAAGGCUCACGAUGACGGAGCGUCGGACAGAACCUAUCCGCACGCCGUCAUUGCCGGAAUCGACAGAUACCCGCUGAAGGUAAUCAAAGUGCUACAGGUUUCAUUCCAAUUUCCAUUUUUUUCAGGUGAACCAAUCCAUGGGUAAAAAGAAGAUCGCUAGACGAAACCGCCUGAAGGCCUUCCUCAAGGUCGUCUCCUACACUCACUUGCUCCCGACCCGUUACUCUCUCGACGUGCCCUUUGACAAGUCUGUCAUCAACAAGGUAUGCCAGCAAAAUAUGAAGUAAAAAUAUUGGUCUUUCUAGGAAUCCAUCAGCAACCCGUCGAAGAAGAGAAGAGCGUUGGUCGAAGUCAAGUCCAAGUUCGAGGAGCGCUACAAGACCGGAAAGAACAAGUGGUUCUUCAGCAAGCUGCGAUUCUAA